AUGUAUAAAGUAUUUGAAGAUGCUUAUUUGGAAAGUAUCAAGAUUAUAGAAAGUGACAUUAAUUUUCAAAAUAUUUUAACGGUACAAGUUUUGGACCAGUCCAUAAUGAAGAUAUACAAUCCGAAUCAUAAAAUCGGUAAUACACAGAACCCACACUCAACGAAUAAUGCUACGACUAUUGUUUUAAGUCAACGAUGGGUAGAAUACAUAGAUCAAGUUUCUACUAGCAUAAAAGAAGCAGAUGAAUUUGUUAGCACUAUCACUCAAACCGAAUUACCAUCGACUUCUACUGUAAUAUCUGGCGAAACUGACCUUCAUUCGACUAUAGAAUCAUCCACAAAUGAAUAUUCUACGAUUACCGACUCAGUGAUAUCUUCAACUAAUAAUAUAAACUCAGAAUUACCUUCAACAUCUGAAACGCUAGAAUUAACAGAUUCUACAAUUACACAAGGACCUACCACAGCGACAGAUGAUCUUACAACAAUAACAAGGACCUACCCAACAGAUUUUCCAUUCUCAAUUAUUACUGAUACUACAGAUUAUUCUCCCACAGAAGAGAGUACAAAAAUAACAAUAGAAGAUCUCCCAUCAACAACGCCGGGCGCAUCUUCAACUGAAUUUAUUAGUACUACCAUCCAAACUGAAUUACCAUCGACUUCUGUUAUAACUACAGAUGGAACUAAUCUUCCUACGACGACAGAUUUUGCCUCAACACCAGCAGUCGAAUUAUCCACCACGACUGACUAUGUUAUAUCUACUACUGGUUUGCCUUCAUCAUCAAUACCAGAAAUAACAGACACUACGAUUACACAAGAUACAACAUUAACAGAUACUCCUUCAACAACGACGGGUGCGUACUCGACAGAAGUAAUAGAUACAACAAUUACGCAAGCUACAAUAACAACAAAUGAACCUACAAUAACGACAGACGAAUACACUACAGAUUUUGUCAGUACGAUGAUUCCAACCGAUUUUCCAUCAACAUCUAUAACUACUUUUGAGACAACAGAUUAUUCUCCGACAGAAGAGAGUACAACAAUAAUGACCGAUGAUCCUACAAUAACGCCAGAUAUAACUACGACGGAGUCUGUGAGUACAACGAUUCAGACUGAAUUCCCAUCGACUUCUAUAAUUACUACAGACAUUACUGACUUUUCUUCUACUACAGAAUCUACGACACUAUCAACGAUUGAAAUUUCUACGAUAACUGACUCAGUCGUAUCUACGACCGAUCAUAUCAACACUGAGUUACCAUCGACGUCUUAUUCCACACCAGAAACAACAGAUACUACAAUAACACAAGAAACAACAAAAACAACAGAUGAAUCUACAACAGCAACAGACGAAUACACGUCAGAAGCAGCAGAUACAACCAUUACACAAGCUACAACAACAACAAUUGAACCUACAACAUCGACAGGUGCGUACUCGACAGACGCAACUGAUACAACAAUUACACAAGCUACAACAAAAACAACAGAUGAACCAACAACAACGACAGGUGCGUACACGACUGACGCAACAGAUACAACAAUCACACGAGCUACAAUAACAACAGAUGAACCUACAACAACGACAAGCGCAUACACGCCAGAGGCAACAGAUACAACAAUUACACAAACUACAAUAACAACAACAGAUGAACCUACAUCAGCAACAGUUUCUUAUACGACAGAAGCAACAGAUACUACUAUAACACAAGAUACAUCAACAACAUACGAACCAACAACAACGACAGAUGCAUAUACUACAGAUUUUGUCAGUACGAUGAUUCUAACCGAUUUUCCAUCAACAUCUAUUACUACUUUGGAAACAACAGAUUAUUUUCCUACAGAAAAGAGUACAACAAUAGUGACAGACGAUCCUACCACAAUGUCAGAUAUAACCACGAUGGAAUCUGUAAGUACAACGAUUCAGACAGAAUUAACGUCGACUUCUAUAAUUACUACUGGCGUUACUGACCUUCCUUCCAUUACUGAAUCUUACUCCACACCAGAAACAACAGAUACUACAAUAAUACAAGACAAAACAAAAACAACAGAUGUACCUACAACAACGACAGGUGCGUUCACGACAGACGCAACAGAUACAACAAUUAUACAAGCUACAACAACAACAGAUGAACCCAGAACAACGGCAGAUGUAUAUACAACAGAUUUUAGCAGUACAAUAAUUCCAACAGAUUUUCCAUCCACUUCUUCAAUUACUACCGAGACUAAAGAUGAGAGUACAACAAUAUCGACAGACCAUCCUUCAACAACACCAUAUAUAACCACGACGGAAUCUGUGAGUACAACGAUUCAGACUGAAUUACCAUCAACUUCUAUAAUUACUACAGAUAUAACUGACUUUUCUUCUACUACAGAAUCAACGAAACUAUCAACGAUUGAAAUUUCUACAAUAACUGACUCGGUAAUAUCUACGACCGAUAAUAUCAUUACUGAGUUACCAUCGACGUCGUAUUCCACACAAGAAACAACAGAUACUACUAUAACACAAGUUACAUCAACAGCAUAUGAACCUACAGUAACGACGGAGGCAUACACGACAGAAACAACAGAUACAACAAUUACACAAGGUACAACAACAACAGAUGAACCUACAACAACGACAGAUGCAUACACGACAGGAGCGACAGAUAGAACAAUUACACAAGACACAACAACAACAGAUGAAUCUACAACAACGACAGAUACAUAUACGACAGAAGUAACAGAUACAACAAUAACACAAGACACAACAACAACAGAUGCAUCUACAAUAACGACAGAUGCAUACACGACAGAAGCAACAGAUACAACAAUAACACAAGGCACAACAACAACAGAUGAAUCUACAACAACGACAGACGUAUAUACGACAGAUUUUAGCAGUACAUUACUUCCAACAGAUUUUCCAUCCACUACAAUUAUUACUUCAGAGACUACAGAUUCUAGCCCAACAGAAGAGAGCACAAUGAUAUCGACAGACAAUCCUACAACAAUGUCAGAUCUAACGACGACAGAGUCUGUAAGCACAACGAUUCAAACUGAAUUACCAUCAACUUCUUUUAUUACAACGGACGUUACUGACUUUCCUUCUACUACAGAAUUUACAACACUACCAACUAAUGAACUUUCUACGAUAACCGACUCAGUGGUAUCUACCACCGAAUUACCUUCAACUUCAAAUACUUCUCCAGAAAUAACAGACACUACAACCUCACAAGAAACUACAUUAACGACAAAUAAUCCUACAAUUACACCCGGUGCCUCUACAACAGACUUUGUUAGUACAGUUUCAACUGAAUACCCUUCAACUUCUGUUAUUACAUCAGAAGCAACUGUCUCCUCGACUACAGAAUCAACCACAGGCCCGACAACUGAUGCAUCAUCUUCCACCUCUGAAUCCCAGUCAACAUAUACCACUUCGAUAGUAACUGACUCCCCAACUUUACCGACAGACGAUACAAGCCCUGAAUUGCUUUCAACGCUUACAACAAACGUUGAUAUAACCACAAUAGAAGUAAACUUAACAACAGAAAAUACUAUACACCCAGAGACGUCAACAAAUCAAAUAACAACUGUAGGAGAAAUUGGAACAUCAGAGUUAACAACAACAGAAAGUCCGAUAGACGACGAUGAGUAUACUUUCUGGACUCCAUUGAACACAGCCUUGAUCGUAAUACCAUCUGCUUAUUUCGAUAUUACUACAGACGCCUCUGUUAUAAAAGAAACUAACCCCACAGAACAUAAUGACAGUACUGUAGCUUCCGAUACCAAAGAUUCAACAAGUUACCCAGAACUCGAUCCUUCAACUGACCAGUAUAGUUUUGAAAGUACCACAGAUCCUUCUAUUGCAACAGAUAUUGAUACUACUACACAACAAUUGGAAUAUACAGAUAUAGAUUCUAUCACAUAUAGACGGACGGAUAUAACAGACGAUGAUCCUUCCACGUCAAGUGAGACUGAUUCUACUGCAUAUAGUCAGUCUACUUACGAUUCUACGGAUGGGGAUCUUACUCUGGCACCUUCUACAGUUAAUCCAACUACAGUUAUUUCUGAUGAUGAUGAUGAUGAUAAUGAUGAUGGAGAUGGAGAUUAUAAGGGACAUGUAUCUUGGAGUCCGUGGACUAUAGGUUUAGUAGUAUUUGCUUCAACAGUGGUUGUAUCCAUCUUAGCUGUAAGUACCUAUCAUUUGGGCAAAAUUAGUGAACGGAGUAAGGAAUUCCUUUCUGAAGAUUUGGAACCACCAAAUAUUGUGGUUAUACCAAGAGCUCGACUUAAUAGAUAUUAA